ACAUGAGUAACGUUAGCUUGUUGCGAAAACGGAAUGUUCCUGCGCUGACAGCCCCAUGUCAAUAAAUUACAGACAGUAGCUUUUGAGAAAGAAAUCCCACAAUAUAUCGGGAAGGUGAAACUAUAAUAUGUAAAAGUCACACCGCUUAGCUAAUGGCUUCUCUUCAACCGUGAAAAAGAGAACGUUCAUUUACAGCGUGUGUUGACAGUUUUGCAUUCUCCCUUUCAUCUCAUUGCAGCAAACCAAGAUGGAGUGCGAGUGGAAACCAGACGACCAAGGACUUCAGCAAAUUCUACAGCUUUUGAAAGAGUCCCAGUCUCCCGAUACGUCCACUCAAAGAUCCGUCCAGCAAAGACUGGAACAGCUCAACCAUUACCCAGACUUCAACAACUACUUGAUAUUUGUGCUCACAAAGUUGAAAUCAGAAGAUGAGCCGACCCGGUCUCUGAGUGGUCUGAUCCUGAAGAACAAUGUCAAGGCCCACUACCAGAACUUCCCCAAUGGAGUGUCUGACUUCAUCAAGAGCGAGUGUCUGCAGAACAUCGGAGACUCCUCACCCCUCAUACGGGCCACUGUGGGUAUCCUCAUCACUACCAUCGCCUCCAAAGGGGAGCUGCAGAACUGGCCUGAGCUGCUGCCCAAACUCUGCCUUCUGCUGGACUCUGAGGACUACAACACCUGUGAGGGGGCGUUUGGAGCUCUUCAGAAAAUCUGUGAGGACUCCGCAGAGGUCUUGGACAGUGACAUGUUGGACCGUCCGCUCAAUGUCAUGAUCCCAAAGUUCCUGCAGUUCUUCAAGCACAGCAGCCCCAAGAUCAGGUCUCAUGCCAUCGCCUGCGUCAACCAGUUCAUCAUAAGUAGGACCCAGGCCCUCAUGCUGCACAUUGAUGGCUUCAUUGAGAACCUAUUUGCCUUGGCGACUGAUGAAGAACCGGAGGUGAGGAAGAAUGUGUGCAGAGCUCUGGUCAUGCUGCUGGAGGUCCGCAUGGAUCGUCUCCUACCACACAUGCACAACAUUAUAGAGUACAUGCUGCAGAGGACUCAGGACCAGGAUGAGAAUGUGGCUCUGGAGGCCUGUGAGUUCUGGCUGACCCUGGCUGAACAGCCUGUAUGUAAGGACGUUCUGUGUAACCACCUCUCCAAGCUGACUCCGGUGCUCGUCAACGGGAUGAAGUACUCGGAGAUCGACAUCAUUCUGCUCAAGGGUGACGUGGAGGAGGAUGAUGAGGCCAUCCCUGACAACGAGCAGGACAUCAGGCCCAGGUUCCACCGCUCCCGUACGGUUGCUCAGCAAUACGAGGGUGACCGGGACGGCAUUGAGGAAGAUGACGAUGAAGACGAUGACCUGGAAGAUGAUGACACCAUCUCUGACUGGAACCUCCGUAAGUGUUCAGCAGCGGCAUUGGAUGUGUUGGCUAACGUGUUCAGAGACGACCUGCUCCUCCCUAUCUUGCCUCUCCUCAAAGAGCUCCUCUUCCACCCAGAGUGGGUCAUCAAGGAGUCUGGAAUACUUGUUCUGGGGGCCAUCGCUGAGGGUUGUAUGCAGGGUAUGAUUGCCUACCUGCCAGAGCUCAUCCCCCACCUGGUGCAGUGUCUGAGUGAUAAGAAGGCCCUGGUGCGCUCCAUCACCUGCUGGACCCUGAGUCGGUAUGCCCACUGGGUGGUCAGUCAGCCACCUGACACCUACCUGAAGCCCCUGAUGACUGAGCUUCUCAAACGCAUCCUGGACUCCAACAAGAGGGUGCAGGAGGCCGCCUGCAGUGCCUUUGCCACUCUGGAAGAGGAGGCGUGUACAGAGUUGGUUCCCUACCUGGCCUAUAUUCUGGACACUCUGGUGUUUGCCUUCAGCAAGUACCAACACAAGAACCUGCUCAUACUGUACGACGCUAUAGGGACGCUCGCUGACUCUGUGGGACACCACCUCAACAAGCCGGAGUACAUUCAGAUGCUGAUGCCUCCACUGAUAGCAAAGUGGAACCAGUUGAAGGAUGAAGACAAGGAUCUGUUCCCUUUACUAGAGUGCCUUUCGUCAGUAGCCACGGCUCUCCAGAGUGGUUUCCUGCCCUACUGUGAACCUGUGUACCAGCGCUGUGUUAACCUGGUGCAGAAGACCCUCGCUCAGACUAUGCUCCACCAGUCCCAGCCAGACCAGUACGAGGCCCCUGAUAAGGACUUUAUGAUUGUGGCCCUGGACCUGCUCAGUGGAUUGGCUGAAGGGUUGGGCGACAACAUCGAGCAGCUGGUCGCACGUAGCAACAUCCUCACGCUCAUGUACCAGUGCAUGCAGGACAAAAUGCCUGAGGUGCGUCAGAGCUCCUUUGCUUUGCUGGGUGACCUGACUAAGGCUUGUUUCCUGCACGUAAAGCCGUGCAUUGCUGAUUUCAUGCCUAUAUUAGGCACUAAUCUGAACCCAGAAUUGAUAUCGGUGUGCAAUAAUGCAACAUGGGCAAUCGGAGAGAUAUCUAUACAAAUGGGGACCUUUUCCCGCCUUUCCCCAGGUGCUGAGAUGCAACCAUACGUGGCCAUGGUGCUGCAUCAGCUGGUUGAGAUCAUCAACAGGCCCAACACCCCAAAGACCCUGCUGGAGAACACAGCAAUAACAAUUGGUCGUCUUGGUUACGUUUGUCCUCAAGAGGUGGCACCGAUGCUACAGCAGUUUAUAAGACCCUGGUGUACCUCUUUACGUAACAUAAGAGACAAUGAGGAGAAAGACUCGGCGUUCAGAGGCAUCUGCACUAUGAUCAGUGUCAACCCAGGAGGAGUUGUGCAGGAUUUUAUAUUUUUUUGUGAUGCAGUGGCCUCAUGGGUAAAUCCAAAGGAUGAUCUGCGAGACAUGUUUGGCAAGAUACUCCAUGGGUUCAAGAACCAGGUGGGCGAGGAGAACUGGGGGCGUUUCUCAGACCAGUUCCCUCUGCCUCUGAAGGAACGACUGGCAGCCUUCUACGGGGUGUAACGCUUUCCAUAGGAACAGGCCUGUUCAAGGGGGUCAUUCACUAUGGGAGACGACGGAUUGGAACCUCUUAUACCCAGGGAACAUGUUACCCUUUACUGGGGGUAGGGUCUGCCAGCUGGGGAGGGAAGGGGUGCAGACCGUGAACUCUCCUCAACCUUCUGGAUGGGCGGGGUGGGAGGGAGGUGUUAGCCAGCCGAGGCACUCACCGCCCCCCCACGCAACAGGCGAGGGUGACAUGGGGACUGGCGGGCCAAAUUUAUCAAGGGAUGAAAAAUGUAUUUAAUCAUUUCAACAUCACAAUCAGUAAUGAAAAGAUGUCAGCUCAGCUUUUUGUUUAGUCUCUUUUUUAAACAUUUCCUUUCAUCCAUGCUCUCCAGCGACGUUAAACAAAACAAAAAAUACGGAGAAAACUUUUGUUGUUUAGUUGUGGUAAAAUCAUGGUUUUAUAUUUACAGAAGGGGUAGUGCUGAUUUUGAGGUUAAGUGGUCAGUGAAGAAGAGCUUUUUAAUCAAUACGUAUCCGCCGGAAAGUGUCACUCAGAGGUAGGGGGAGGGAGGGUCUUGGUGUAGAACUAGACUGGAGGAUACCAACCAUAAAAUAUAUGUAGGGGUGGUUACAAAAAAAUCAGGAAGUUGCAUGGAAAUGUUGUUGUUAAUGGUCUCAAAGACAACAUAGUAUCCUCAACAGCCAGGACGGCUGCUAGCCAAACAACAGCAGCGGAGGGUAUUCGAGUAAAGUAAAUGCUGAUACUAUCAUUCAUUUUAAAAAUCGAACCAGCAAGUUUUUCUUUUUUCUUUGGGAAACUGCCUCUACAUAUCUUAGAAUAAGAAUAGCAUGUAUUUUCUUGUAGUCAUCAAAGUAAUUACAUUGAGUUAAUAAAACAUCUAGUCAGUGCAUAUUUUGAGUAAUAUCAGAGUUUAAAUCUUUAUAGGCAGGUCAGAAGUUGUGUUGCCUAAACCAGUCCGUCAAACGCACAGUCCGUCAAUCACAGACAGAAGUGCAUAUGAUUUUUAUUUGUUGUGGUUGAAAAGUGACUUGUCUUAAAAACAGGAAAUAACUAAGUAGCAUGCUUGCGUCAAAGUUGGAAGUGAGGACAGUGGGUGUACAACGUUAGAGUGACGUCAGUGUGUGGCGUCAUCGGAUAGUUGUGGUAUUUCUUGUGUAGCCCUGUGAUGAGGUUUCUUAAACAACCAUGUAGUUUCUCAUUUUUCAGGUUUUUAUCCCUCCACCACCCCUUUGUUUACCAGAGGCUUUCCCGUCAUUGUCUAGCAUGAACCAGGUUUAGAAAGCAUACAAGUGUGGGAACUACCUUUUUUAUAUUCUCAUCUAGUUGAAUCCAUUUAGCAGGGUUGUGAUUCUAAAAAGAGACUGUGAACACUGCUUCAUACAUGUCAUAACUUUAAGGUCAACUUUCUCAGGCUGCCUCUGUUCUGUGCUGUGGAAGUGACGUGUUCUCUGCAUGCAUGGACGUUUUACUAGCGGCCAUAAUAUCAGACUCUUAGAUGCUUACCUGACUCAUAUUGUUUAAAAUCUCAAUUUCCAUCUUUCUCACCUUUCCCGAAAACAAAACUUUGAAUCGUGGAGACGCAUUUCUAACCUUGUCAGAGGAGGGAGGUAGGGAGUGGGGUAGAGAAAAGGCAUACAGGGCUUUGGCUGAACGUGUCCCUCCUUUGUUCCUUGAGUAUUACUACUGGGACUAUGGCACUGUCUGUCUGAUAGCUGGCUGAUAGCGUGUCUGUCUCUGACCUUGGUUGGUUGUCGAUCCAAAACUCAACAGCAAGCAAAUCGUUGUUUUAAAUGAUUUUUAAUUUCUUUUCCUUGUACUGUUUUUUUUUCUGUUAUUGUUGCUUUGCUUUUUGUUUUAAAAGCACGACCUUUGAGGAUGAUUGUAAUGACCGCUUUGAAUGCAGCGUACUCUAAUGCUUGAUCCCUUGCGUGUUGGUGGCCCUUUACUUCCCAAACCAUUUAGUUGACGUACAAUAUUGGACCUUGUAUCUCAUACAUACCUGCAGGAGCAUGUUUCCCCCCCUUAACCUUUUACCCGUAGCCCACAUCCAAAUGUAUUAUCUUGUUAAAUACUGUGACGCUUGACCUACUUUUGGUUCCUUUUUGUUUUGGAGUGUUAUUGUUUUUGACAGAAGUCUUGAAGUCGUUGAUUGCCUGAUUUUUAUCCCAUGGUUGUCAGAGAUUGGGUAGGGGAGAAAGCAUAUUUAUGCCCAACCAACUAAUCAGAUUCACUCUGUAGGUGAGUGUAAUCAUUUUUGUAGUAUUUUGUCCCACCUUCACAAAGAACAUUGGAAGCACUUGUUCAAACAGACUACACAUACUUUAGUAGACCCACACAUUUACAGGAGACUUAACACUAAACACCUCAUGUAUUACUUCACUGGGUAUUCGAUAUGGUAUAGUCACUUCUAAAUAUAUAUAUAUAUAUAUAUAUAUAUUUAAACUUGUGGCUGUAUUUGACCUGUUUUUAAAUAUAAGAUUCUCAAUAUCAGAAAUGCUCUAAAAGAUAAUUGGUGUAAACUAAGCCUGGUUAUGAAGUACUGCAGAUAUAGCCACAAACCCUUUCCAAAGCCAACAAACUAAGGUUAUUAUUAUUAUACAUUUUGUAUUAUUGUUAUUUUUGUAACUGUAUUGAUGGGAUGUUUUACUCAUUGGUAACAUGUAGUUAAUGGGACAUUUUAACACUAGUAAAAAAAAAAAUGAUGGGGUAUGUCAAGUUAGCCUGGAUUCAAACUGGAUUGUUCCUUUUCACUUCACCAGGCUAAUAAGACAUCAUGGGAUAUAUGGAGGCACUUGUUUCUGUAGUUGUUCUUGUGCCAUGUCUGUGUCCUGAAGUUGAAAUUAAUUUAGUUUUUGUCACAUUCCAGGUGUUUGGCAUGUAAAAAAUUGGAUGAGGCAUGGCUUGAUUGGUUUCGUCCUACCACUACUUGUCACACUGAAUUUAAAAAAAUACAAACAUAGAGGGCCGGUUUCCGAGACACAGGUUAAACCCAGUGGUGGACUAAAAAGCAUGAUGAAUGGAGAAUAUCCACUGACGUAUUUGUUUAGUCCAGGACUUAACUUUAUCUGUGUCCCCCGCAGAACUGGUGUGCUGUGUGCUGUUUUACCGAUAUUGCAGCUGCUAUGAUGUAGUUUCUUUACUUGAAUAUUUGUUUGUAGUAACCUCAGGAGGUUAUGUUUACCGUUAUUUUUCUUGUUGUUAUUUUCCAAAUGUAUGCCUUUUUUCCAUCUCCCUUUACCGAUAAGAGAUUAGUAAGCCUCUCCUGCUUUAACCCUUGAAUACAGAGCAUAUACCUGUCCAUGGGUGUUCAGUUCACUGUGUUUUGAUAUGUGUGCUCGCUCACCAUUAAGACACUGAGACUUAUACACACCCAGAGUCAGUGUCAAAGAAUAAUUGUUAGCUAGAUAUACACAGACAUUCAAAUUGACUUGUAACUUUGAGGAAUAUGAAAUUAGGAAGAGAACUUGCACAUAAUUAAUGCAACUGUGGCAAAGUGAUUGUAAGACAUAUUUUUAGGUGGUAUUAAAAUGUAAUAUGUACAUGAUGCCUUGAUAACAACUGGAUGAUUUUGAUGGUGAUUUGUAAUGAUGGUGAUUUCAUAAUGUUUUCCAAUAAUGGAAGAAAGACCUUGGACAUUAAGCGAAAAACAAAUAGGCUCAUGGCUCCUUACAGCUUUGUUUGCAAAUUGAGGUCUUUCAUUUUGAAGAAGCGAGGGGCAAAAAUAGCUUUAUUGAAAAAUCUUCUCUUUUUAUAGCACCAACCAACCGCAGUAGAAUGUCUCAUUUAUUGAACACCUCUAACAAUAGCUUAAUACCUUCAUUUAGCCACGAGAAAAAAAAAACUUGACUAGAAUUUCUCCCAAGUCUGCCUUCACCCUUUUUGCUGAAUAAUGUAAGAAACUAGUGAUUUUAUUUAGAUACAGUACCAGUCAAAAGUUUGGAGACACCUACUCGUUAAAAGAUUUUUAUUUAUUUGGACUAUUUUCAUUCAUUGUAGAAUAAUAGUGAAGACAUCAAAACUAUGAAAUGGCACGUGGUCAUGUAGUAACCAAAAGUGUUAAUCAAAACAUUUAAAAUUCUUUAAAGUAGCUUGAUGACAGCUUGACACACUCUUGGCAUUCUCUCAACCAGCUUCAUGAGGUCGUCACCUGGAAUGCUUUUCCAACAGUCUUGAAGGAGUUACUACAUAUGCUGAGCACUUGUUGGCUGCUUUUCCUUCACUCUGCCAUCCAACGCAUCCCAAACCAUCUCAAUUGGGUUGAGGUAGGGUGAUUGUGGAGGCCAGGUCAUCUGAUGCAGCACUCAUCACUCUCCUUGGUCAAAUAGCCCUUAACACAUUCUGGAGGUGUGUUGGGUCAUUGUCUUGUUGAAAACAAAUGAUAGGCCCACUAAGCACAAACCAGAUGGGAUGGCGUAUAGUUGCAGAAUGCUGUGGUAGCCAUGCUUGUUUAGUGUGCCUUGAGUUCUAAAUAAAUCACAGACAGUGUCUCCAGCAAAGCACCAUAACUCCACCACCUCCAUGCUUCACUAUGGGAACCACACAUGCAGAGAUCAUCCGUUCACCUACUCUGCGUCUCACGCGGCGGUUGGAACCAAAAAUCUUAUUUGGACUCAUUAAAAGGACAUAUUUCCACUGGUCUGAUGUCAAUCACUCGUGUUUCUUGGCCCAAUCAAGUCUGUUCCUCCUUAUUGGUGUCCUUUAGUAGUGGUUUCUUUGCAGCAAUUUGACCAUGAAGGCCUGAUUCAUGCAGUCUCCUCUGAAUAGUUGAUGUUGUCUUACUUGAACUCUGAAGCAUUUAUUUGGUCUGCAAUCUGUGGUGCAGUUAAUUGCAGAUUUGAGGCUGUUAACUCUAAUGAACUUAUCCUCUGCAGCAGCGGUAACUCUGGGUCUUCCUUUUCUAUGGCGGUCCUCAAUGGAGCCAGUUUCAUCAAUGCGCUUGAUUGUUUUUGCGACUGCACUUGAAGACUCGUAAGUUCUUUAAAUUUUCUGUAUUGACUGACCAUGUCUUAAAGUAAUGAUGGACCAUCAUUUAUUUUUGCUUAUUUGAGAUGUUCUUGCCAUAAGAUGGACUUGGUCUCUUACCAAAUAGGGCUAUCUUCUGUACACCACCCCUACCUUGUCACAACACAACUGAUUUGGCUCAAACGCAUUAAGAAGGAAACAAAUUCCACAAAUCAACUUAACAAGGCACACCUGUUAAUUGAAAUGCAUUCCAGGUGACUACCUCAUGAAGCUGAUUGAGAGAAUGCCAAGAGUGUGCAAAUCUGUCAGCAAGUCAAAGGGUGGCUACUUUGAAGAAUCUCGAAUUUAAAAUAUUUAUUUAACACUUUUUUUCUGUAACUACAUGAUUCCAUAUGUGUUAUUUCACAGUUUAAGUCUUCACUAUUAUUCUACAAUGUAAAAUGUAAAAAUGAAGACAAACCCUUGAGUGAGUAGGUGUGUCCAAACUUUUGACUGGUUUCUGUAAAUGCUGAUGAAAUUUUAAAGGCCCAGUGCAGUCAAACUUUAUUUAACUGUUUUAUAUACACUAUGAGACUGGAAUAAUACUGUGAAAAUUAUAAUGCCCUUUUAGUGCGAGAGGUUUUUGAAUAGGCCACCUGAAAUUUCAGCCUGUUUUGGUGGGAUGGAGUUUUGACCUUCCAUGGUGACAUCACCAUGAGGUAAAUUAGCUAAUAGACCAAUAAGAAAGAGGGUUAAAAACCUUUCUGCCAAUAACAGCUAAUUUUCAGUUUUCCCCUCCCCACUCCCAAACAGUCCAAGCAACAUUUUUGCUUGAGAAAUCGAUCUUUGCUAAGAAGCAAUUUUUGUUUAUUUUGGACCAUUUUUAAUUGAAAGCGUUGGGCCAGUAACUGAAAGGUCACUGUUUUGAAUCCCGAGCCGACUAGGUGAAAGAAGUCUGUGCCCUUGAGCAUGGCAUUUAACCCUAAUUGCUCCUGUAAGUUGCUCCGGAUAAGCACGUCCACUAAAUGACUAAAAUGUACUUAAUUGUUUCCCAGAAAUGAUUUGAUAGUGAGAUAAAAACAGCUGCAUUGGACCUUUUUUUAAAGGUAAAAUAAUUUUCGGGGCCACCAAAUAUUUUGGAUCAUGCAAAGAAUCUAUAUUGUACUGUAGUAAUUUUGUAAUGACAUUUGUAUGAUGUGAUGGAUGUUAACGGUAAUCACUGCUUGGAUCUGUACAUAGUUGAGAAUAAAUUGUUUACAUAA